AGUUUUACCUUUAUCAUGGAUGAUGGUUCAUUCAGUAUAUAUACAGCUCUCUGUUCAUGUCCUCUCAGACAAUUUGAGAGUCCAACUUAAAGUUUGAUUAGGUGGGAUAGCUCUCCUUCGGAGAAAGUUCCAUUGUUCUGUACAUAACAGCAUCCUAAGGGGAGUUGAGAUCAGAGAAGAAGCGUGUGGGGAAAGAUGAGAAUCAUCUCAGCUCAUCAUAGUCAUUUUACCGGCAUUGUGACUCUUCUUCUUGGUGUAGUAGUCCUGGGGCUGAUGACAGCUGAAGCAGAAGCUCAGCUGCAGAUGAACUUCUACUCGAGCAGCUGCCCGAAAGGUGAGGACAUUAUCCGUGGCUUUGUCGAGAAGCACAUCCCCAACGCUCCUUCCCUUGCAGCUGCUCUCAUAAGAAUGCACUUCCACGACUGCUUUGUCAGGGGCUGUGAUGGGUCGGUUCUUCUGAACUCGUCGAGUUCAGGCAACCAAACUGAAAAGGUGGCUACUCCGAACCUUACCCUUAGAGGGUUCGACUUCAUUGACAGGGUAAAGGCCGCCGUGGAAGCAGAAUGCCCCGGAGUUGUCUCUUGUGCAGACAUCAUCGCUCUCGUUGCGAGAGACUCUGUUGUAGUUACUGGGGGUCCUACUUGGAAAGUUCCCACCGGUAGGAGAGACGGGCUGGUGUCAAUAGCUUCAGAAGCUCUGAACAACAUCCCACCUCCGACCAGUAACUUCUCCAACCUGCAGACACUGUUCGGUAACCAGGGACUCGACUUGAAGGAUCUCGUCUUGCUAUCAGGGGCACAUACAAUCGGGGUGUCCCACUGCUCAUCUUUCUCGAACCGGCUGUACAAUUUCACAGGCGUCGGUGACCAAGACCCGAACCUGGACAGCGAGUACGCGGCCAACCUCAAGGCCAACAAGUGCAAGUCUCCAAACGAUAACACCACCAUCGUGGAGAUGGACCCGGGGAGCCGCAAGACCUUCGACCUCAACUACUACUCGAACGUCCUCAAGAGGAGAGGACUCUUCCAGUCUGAUGCCGCCCUCACCAACAACUCCGUCACCCUGGCCAACAUCAAGAGGCUCCUUGCGGGGUCCUUGGAGAACUUUUAUGCCGAGUUUGCCCUGUCCAUGGAGAAGAUGGGGCGGAACAAUGUCACAACUGGGUCGGCUGGUGAAAUCAGGAAGCACUGUGCUGUCGUAAACAGUUAACUGAAUGUCCUAUUGAUGGACGCGAGAGAUUGAUGAAUUUUUAUCACAGGAGUUGGAUCGACGUGUUUCCACAGAGAUUAAGUCGAGUGAGUAGUAUGCAUGUGUUUCAUGUACAUGUGUUUUAUUUAAUGUGUUGAGCGAAUAAAUGAACUUCUCUAUGUCAUUUUAUUCUACCAUAACCAGUCACAUUGUCUGAAUAUUUUUUAUAAAUAAUGUUGGAAACAUAAAAUCCAUGUCUAUCCUUUUCUUA